GAGUUCCUCUCUGUAACUCAGCCGACCUGAGUGUUUCAGCGCGAACCAUUCUUAGUGUCUUCGCUGGGUGCUGUGCAGGUAGCUCAGGCAAGCUCCGAACUUCAGACAUGAGCUCUGGGUUCCACAGCUGUACACCGCGCAGGGGUAGAGGACUGUGGACCCUGAGCAACUGAAGUCAAGGGAUGUAGUGACCUAUGAUGACGUGCAUGUGAACUUCACUGAGGAAGAGUGGGCUUUGCUGGAUUCUUCUCAGAAGAAUCUCUACAAAGGUGUGAUGCUAGAGACCUAUAGGAAUCUCACAGCUAUAGGCUACAUUUGGAAGGACCAUGCUAUUGAAGACCAUUUUCAAAAUUCCAGAAGUCAUGGAAGGCAUGAAAGAAGUUGGACUGGAGAGCAACCCUCUGAGUUUAUUCAAUGUGGUAAAGCCUUUGCCUGUCAGAGUCAUAGUCAAAGGCAUGAAAGAACACAUACAGGGGAGAAACCCUAUGAAUGUAACCAAUGUGGUAAAUCCUUUGUACAAAGCAGUCAUCUCCGAAUACAUAAGCGAACACAUACAGGAGAGAAGCCCUAUGAAUGUAACCAAUGUGGUAAAGCCUUUGCACAAAGCAGUGGUCUCGAAUAUCAUAAACGAACACAUACAGGAGAGAAACCUUAUGAAUGUAACCAAUGUGGUAAAGCCUUUGCAGGAAGUGAUGUUCUCCGAAUACAUAAACGAACACAUACAGGAGAGAGACCCUAUGAAUGUAAUCAAUGUGGUAAAGCCUUUUCAGGAAGAAGUGCCCUCCAAACACAUAAACGGACACAUACAGGGGAGAGACCCUAUGAAUGUAAUCAAUGUGGUAAAGCCUUUGCACAAAACAUUGGUCUUCAAUGUCAUAAAAGAACACAUACAGGAGAGAAACCCUAUGAAUGCAAACAAUGUGGUAAAGCAUUUUCAGGAAGGAGUGCCCUAGGACGACAUAAAAGAACACAUACAGGAGAGAAACCCUAUGAAUGUAAACAAUGUGGUAAAGCCUUUGCAGGAAGCAGUGGUCUUGAAUAUCAUAAACGAACUCAUACAGGAGAAAAACCCUAUGAGUGUAACCAGUGUGGUAAAGCCUUUGCAGGAAGUACUGACCUCCAAACACAUAAACGAACGCAUACAGGAGAGAAACCUUUUGAAUGUAACCAAUGUGGUAAAGCCUUUGCACAAAGCAGUGCUCUCCAAUGUCAUAAAAGAAUACAUACAGGAGAGAAACCCUUUGAUUGUAACCAAUGUGGUAAAGCCUUUGCAGGAAGGAGCAAUCUCCAAAAACAUAAACAAGCACAUAUAGGGGGAAAGCCCUAUGAAUGUAACCAGUGUGGUAAAGCCUUUGCAGGAAGCAGUGUUCUCCGAAUACAUCAACGAACACAUACAGGAGAGAGACCCUAUGAAUGUAACCAAUGUGGUAAAGCCUUUGCAGGAAGCAGUGGUCUCGAAUAUCAUAAACGAACACAUGCAGGAGAGAAACCCUAUGAAUGUAAACAAUGUGGUAAAGCCUUUGCAGGAAGGAGUGCCCUACAAACACAUAAACGUACACAUACAGGAGAGAGACCCUAUGAAUGUAACCAAUGUGGUAAAGCCUUUGCACAAAGCAGUGGUCUUCAAUGUCAUAAAAGAACACAUACAGGAGAGAAGCCCUAUGAAUGUAACCAGUGUGGAAAAGCCUUUGCAGGAAGGCGUGACCUCCGAAGACAUAAAAGAACACAUACAGGAGAGAAACCCUAUGAAUGUAAACAAUGUGGUAAAGCCUUUGCAGGAAGCAGUGGUCUCAAAUAUCAUAAAAGAACACAUACAAGAGAGAAAUACUAUGAAGGCAACCAAUGUGGUAAAGCCUUUGCAGGAACUAUUGAUCUCCAAAUACAUAAAUGAACACAUACAAGAGAGAAACCUUUUAAAUCUAAGCAGUGGUAAAGCUUUUUCAAAAAUCAAUAAGCCGGGCGUGGUGGCUCACGCCAUAA